GCCUCUGGGCGUGUGUUUUUCCCCCAUUCCCUUACCUGGUCACUUUCAAAUGACUUGCACAGAGGAAAGUAACUGAAGUAGACCCUCCUUUACUCUUCAACCACCUGACCGACACACCCACAACGAUUGAUCAGGAAACGCAUCGUAAUAUAUAUUUAAAUCAGGAUGUGAAACCGCAACCCAUAGAACCGGACUCACGCACAUAUUUAACAAGUUCACUUCUGUCUAAACUUGUUUUCACUCGGAAUGGGAGAGUCCGGCAGAGGCACGAAAGGUCCAAGAUUAUGGAUAUUACUUCAGGAAUGGAUACUACUACAAGCAGUUGUUUGGGGUCCAGAGACUGCAGAUGGUGUCUGCCUAUGUGAUGACAAUGUUAAUUUCAGGACUUUUGAAUUUAGCCAGGUGAGAGAAGAAUGUUGCUUAAACUUCACCGGUUCUUACAUUGGUACCCUUCAAUGGGAUGUCUUCACAAAUUUGUCAGGAAUCCAGGUCCUGGACCUCUCAAGUUGUAACAUAUCUGACAUUCACAAAAUGGAUGAAAACCCAAGUUCUCUGGAGGCUCUAUAUCUUGAUCAUAAUCAAUUAGAACAAUUACCUUCGAACUUCCUCAUAAACGCACCCAGCUUAAAGAUCCUUCAUCUGGAGAACAACCAUCUUCAACAGUUGCCUGAUAACCUUUUAAAGGCUUCAGACCAAAUUCAGGAGCUGUACCUAGAUUCCAACAACUUAAAAUAUAUACCUUCAAAUGUCUUGAAACCAAGCCUCAUGAAAUUGUCUCUUUUCAAUAACACCUUGGAGUGUACAUGUGCCUUAUACGAUGAUUUGGCAAAAUAUGUUACUGAAAAUGUAAGCAUCGGUGGAUCAGAAAACAUGAUUAUGUGCUACACACCAAAGCACACUCAAGGUGUGAACAUCAUUGACAUUCAUCGCUCAGAUAUCUGUCGUUCCCAUGGUCUCACAGCUCUCUUUAUUUGCCUGCCAUUGCUUGCAAUUCUUGCAGUGGUGUUAUGUUGCUACUGCUGGAAAAGAAGAAGGUCUGAUUUUAAAGCCAUGAGACAAGACAGUCAAAUUUGCACCAUUGAGAAAUCUGGCUUUUCAAAUGCAGGGGAUCAUCAGUAUAUAACUUGCAGGACUCCAGAAACAGCUCCCAUUCCCACAGGAUAUGAAAACAGUAUUCUCGGCAGAAACCAAUUUAUGUUACGUCCCUCAACAGCCUUGCUGGGUAGUAACCGUGAUUUAUAUGAAGAAGUGGAAAUUAAGCCGAGUGUUUCUGUUGACUCAGUCACAUGUGUUGAUGUGUCCAAUAAUAAAGUGCAAGAAGAUAGAGUUGACGAAGUCCAUGCUGAGCCAGAAUUGGUGAACGUCACAGAGGAGUUACAAGAGUCCGAUCAUCAAAGGCUCUACAUGAAUAAGACAGCAAAUUACUACAAUCUAGUUCCUGACAUUGAAUUAGAUGAUUCUGACCAUGGUGAAUAUGAAAAUAUCGAUUUGACCUCAUGAUGCGGGAUCAUUUGCAUAAAAGACUUCACAAAAGCCAGAAAGAAACAUUUGACAGUAUGCAAGAAUGAUGAAGAUGGACUGAGGACUUGUAUUUUAGCACAUUUAAGAGAAGAAUAAAAACAGAAUAGUUGAUCUGGUAGAGACACCUUACUGAGGUUAAAAUAUAGACCUAGUAUUGAGAUAAUACCAAUAACAUUAUAACUACUUGUUAACAUACGGGAUAUCAAAGCAAUGUUUUCACCUAGGUCCAAGACAUAGUUCAAAAUUAAAGUUGUAGUUCCAAUGGCAGUUUCCAUCAAUGAAAAGCAAAGUUCCAGCAAAUAAAUCCAGAACAAGUCAGGAGAGUCAAAAGGGAGAGAAGUGGUCCAAAAUGGUGCAAGUUCUAUUAUUCUCUUGAUAACUUUGAAUGUUUGUCAAGUAUAAUCCAAUUGGAAGUGUGGACUGUCUUUAUGGAAGGCACCAAUCGUUCAGUCUAGGAAUUUGAACCUAUUUUACACUAACCCACCUAGGGUACUGAGUAUAUUUGGGGGUGAAUGCGAAGUUUGUAGCCCAUUUGAUUGUGCUCUCUGUUAAUUUCAAUUUGAAUUUACCCGUAAUUCACAUUAAGACAUAGGAGUAGAAGUAAGGCCAUUCGGCCCAUCGAAUCCACUCUGCCAUUCAAUCAUGGCUGAUGGGCAUUUCAACUCCACUGACACGCAUUCUCCCCGUAGCCCUUAAUUCCUUGUGACAUCAAGAAUUUAUCAAUCUCUGCCUUGAAGACAUUUAGCGUCCCGGCCUCCACUGCACUCUGUGGCAAUAAAUUCCACAGGCCCACCACUCUCUGGCUGAAGAAAUAUCUCCGCAUUUCUGUUCUGAAUUGACCCCCCCCUCUAAUUCUAAGGCUGUGUCCACGGGUCCUCGUCUCCUCGCCUAACGGGAACAAUUUCCUAGCGUCCACCCUUUCCAAACCAUGUAUUAUCUUGUAAGUUUCUAUUAAAUCUCCCCUUAAUCUUCUAAACUCCAAUGAAUACAAUCCCAGGAUCCUCAACCGUUCCUCAUAUGUUAGACCUACCAUUCCAGGGAUCAUCCAUGUGAAUCUCAUUAAGGCUAAAAUAGACGCUCACCAGUUUGAUCAGAACUCUAUACCAUGUUUAUAGUGGCUCAUUGUUUAAAUUUAAUAAUCAGUACGAUGAGAAAAAAGUCUUGUCUUUUCAUGCUGUCAUCAUUUCUUAAACUGAAAUCUUACGUGCAAUACUUUCUGACAGGUGAAACUGCCUGUUUGACCAGUUCAACAAGAUAUUUGGAAUGAACCUCCAUCCGAUCCUUUGGUAUAUGUCAAGCAUAUUUCAUGAAUUUAUGUUAUAAGGACAGAACAUUAAUAUUCAGUACAUUUCCAAGUAGCCAUACCAAAGUCAUAUUGGACAGAAUAUUGAUUGAAACAGUAAGAAAUUGGGUCCGUGAGACCACCUUCCAUGCCUCCCUAUCAAUUGCAAACUGAUAACUAGAUAUCCUACAUCCACAAUGAUAGCAGGGAGGGAGGGCCACAUACCAGCUUUUCACUCAAGCCACCAGCACCCCUGUGGAUGCUAUGACAGGUUGUUGACAAUCCUUAAGAUUGUAAUGGAAACUUCCUUUGGAAGGACAAGGCCAAGUAGUGGGUCACUCCUCAGUUGUCAAAGCCUUACUUGUUAGCCUUUGACUCAAAUUAGAUCUUUCAAGCUGCCCUCUUACUAUCAGGAUCCUAUGUCUCUUUUCAAUUGGGCUUUGCUUCUUUAUGCACUGCAGCAUGGUUUCACAGGACAAGGCCAGUGCAAAAUCAUUCACAUUAAGUAAAAGGAAAGUAUGUAAGUUAGCUCGCAGAGUUUGAAUAUUUGUUUUCAGAUGUUUUGUCACCAUACUAGGCAACAUCAUUAGUGAGAGUCUCUGGUGAAGUGUUGGUGGUAUAUCCUGCCACUCUGUUUAUAGAUCUUGGCUUCUUAACGUGGGUGAUGUCAUUUCCGGUUCUUUUUUUUCAAGGUAAGAUGGAUAGGAUCUAAAUCAAUGUGUUUACUGAUGGAGUUCUGAUUAGAAUGCCAUGCCUCUAAGAAUUCUCGUGUGUGUUUUUCUUUCACCUGUCCUAGGAUGUGUGUGUUGCCCCAGUCAAUGUGAUGUCCUUCUUUGUCUGUAUGUAUGGAAACUAGUGUUAGUGGGUCGUGUCUUUUUGAGGCCAAUUGGUGUUCAUGCAUCCUGGUGGCAAGUUUCCUGCUAGUUUGUCCGAUGUAGUAUUUUUUAUAGUUCUUGCAUGGUAUCUUGUAAAUGACGUUAAUUUUGUUGGUAGUAUUUAAUAGAUUGUUCAGGUUCAUGAGUCGCUGUUUAAGUGUGUUAGCAGGUUUGAGAGGUAUCAUGAUGUCAAGGGGUCUGAGUCAUCUGGAAGUCAUGACUUCCAGACAACUCAGACCCCUUGGCAUUAUGGUAGCCCACAACCCUACCGACACACUUAAACAGCGACUAAUGAACCCAAAGGAUCUAUUAGGUACUACCAGCUCUGAAAACAUGCAGAUUAGUGAGAACAUUUGCUUGAAUGGUUGCCUUCAUAAUGAGUGAGGAAUUCCAAUAGGAGCCUCUACUUCUACAUACUGAAUGAUUCUAAACCACAAUACCUGGCUAGGGUCAUGGUAAUGUGAUGGCCAAGUGAAUUCCCUCCUUAAUCCUUUUGGGGUUGCAAAAAUGCUUGGAAAUUGGCAAAAUAUUCAACUCUGAAGUGAACUGAGCCCUGUCCUGCCUUCAAUUAAUACCCCUGGACUUCCCUAAGGCAUUCUUAGAACAGUCACGAGCAAAGCUCCCCCAGUUGUUUAUUCUUCCUAUCCCAGGAUAGGAGGUACUUGAAGCCUUUUUAUUCCUUCCUGUUGGCAUUAGUACUUAAACCAGUUAAUGCAUUUACAAAGUUAGCAAUUGAGAUCCUUAGGAAUGUGCUUUAAAUAUACCAAAACUGGUGACACAUUAACAGCAUUCAGACACCAAUAUUCGCACCCUAGAAUAGUGUUGUGGGAAGCUGAAUAAUUAUCACCACCUAGUAACUGGUUCAAGUAGCAGUGGGAAAGGUUAUUGGGAAUUGUAUUGUGAUUGAGGAACACUGAAUUCCCUGUAUUAACAAGUAGAGUUAUUACAUUUGAACAAUGUGAUAUUUGAUGCUUUCAUAAACUGAUAACCUUUUAUAUGUUUUUAUAUCAUAUCAUGCUACAGUUAUCAUUAAUAAUAUUUUAAUGUACUUGUGUAGUGAAGAAAAUGCAAAAGUUGGGAUUUCCUGCUUAUUUUGUGUUUAUGGCAGCAUUUGAGAAGUCAGGACAGUUGAUCAUAAUCAAGUGUCCAGCCACAAAGUUGUAAAACUAAGAUGUCACAGCUUCCUGGUCCAAUGGUUUUGCGAAGGCAAACUAUGGUACCUUAUUGUUAACUUUAAUAUCAUCAAUUUAAGCAGUAACUGAGCACCAACACUUGGAUCAUUUCUGAUGUUAGAUAAGAUUUAAACCACUGUACUUUCAACUUGGUCUGGAUCCUUCCAUGUGCUGUUUACUUUCACAAUUAAAUAACAGAACCAUGAACCAGGAUGGAGGGACACAAGUCUUGGGGUGUGCAUCCAAGUCUCUGUUGUCUGCCUUUUGAUGUGUUCUCAUGCAGUAGUUAUUCAUUGCCAUCAUGGCAGACUAGAUAUGUUGACAUGACUAAUACUUUGAUAUGUUGGACUAGGAUGAUACAACUGCCCAAAAUUAAAGAAAGACUGCAUUAUUAUUAUGUAAAAGAAAAACACAUCCUUUUAUAUUGUUAAUUUAAUGGUAGAUUAGAUUAAUAUCUUUUAUCUGUGACCUUAUUUAGUCUAUCUCUUUCUUUAUUUACAAAAUCAUUACUGGGCAGAAACCAUUAUAUUUGCUAUGUUAUAUAUUUUUCAUACUGUCUUCAGUAUAACAAGUGUUUUUUUUAAAUGGAGUUUAUUUUCAUCAACUCAUCUAUAUGUUGCAAAAAGAUAUUGUGA